UGAACUCCAUUGACGCUGAAGUGAAGGAAAGGAGGGAAGUUAAAGUUUAGGUUCGAAACAAUACAAAGUGAGUUAGGUGAAAAACGAUAGAAACCCCACAGCAAUGGCCCCUGCUCUUGCCGUAUCCCGAGAUCUCACCGCCGCCGUCGGCUCUCCGGAUAAUGCUCCGGCGAAAGGACGUGCUUCGGUUUACAGCGAAGUUCAAUCAAGCCGUAUUAACAACGCUCUCCCUUUGCCUUCUGUACUUAAAGGAGCUUUCAAAAUCGUCGAAGGUCCCGCUAGUACCGCAGCCGGGAAUCCAGAUGAGAUAGCGAAGUUGUUUCCGGGUCUAUAUGGCCAGCCAUCUGUAGCAGUGGUCCCAGAUCAGAGUGCACCUUCUUCUGCACAGAAAUUGAAGAUCGGUGUUGUCUUGUCCGGUGGUCAGGCACCUGGUGGGCACAAUGUCAUUUCUGGACUGUUUGAUUACUUGCAAGAGCGUGCCAAAGGAAGCACAUUUUACGGCUUCAAGGGUGGUCCAGCUGGUAUCAUGAAAUGCAAAUAUGUUGAGUUGAAUGCUGAAUAUAUUCACCCGUACAGAAACCAGGGUGGUUUUGACAUGAUCUGCAGUGGAAGAGACAAGAUUGAAACACCUGAUCAGUUUAAACAAGCUGAAGAAACAGCAAAGAAGCUAGAUUUGGAUGGAUUGGUGGUUAUCGGUGGAGAUGACUCCAACACCAAUGCUUGCCUCCUUGCUGAAAACUUCAGGAGUAAGAACUUGAAAACCCGAGUCAUUGGUUGCCCCAAGACCAUUGAUGGUGAUUUGAAAUGUAAAGAGGUUCCUACUAGUUUUGGGUUUGAUACAGCUUGCAAGAUCUACUCUGAAAUGAUUGGAAAUGUCAUGAUUGAUGCAAGGUCAACUGGAAAGUACUAUCAUUUUGUACGACUUAUGGGUCGUGCUGCUUCCCACAUUACACUUGAGUGUGCUUUACAAACUCACCCUAACAUAACAAUUAUUGGAGAAGAGGUGUCCGCCCAGAAGCAGACUUUGAAGAAUGUGACGGACUACAUGGUAGAUGUUAUCUGCAAACGUGCUGAACUUGGUUUCAACUAUGGUGUCAUACUGAUUCCAGAAGGCCUGAUCGAUUUUAUCCCCGAGGUCCAAGAGCUGAUCGCAGAACUGAAUGAGAUUUUGGCAAAUGAGGUUGUUGAUGAAGAUGGGCUGUGGAAGAAGAAGCUCACAGAGCAAUCCUUGAAGCUGUUUGAUCUUCUACCUGCAGCGAUUCAGGAGCAGCUGAUGCUUGAGAGAGACCCACAUGGAAAUGUCCAGGUGGCCAAGAUUGAGACUGAGAAGAUGCUUAUUCAAAUGGUUGAAACUGAAUUGGAGAAAAGAAAGCAAGCUGGUGCAUACAAGGGAAAUUUUAUGGGACAGUCUCAUUUCUUCGGGUAUGAAGGAAGAUGCGGCUUGCCUACAAACUUUGAUGCUACAUACUGUUAUGCACUUGGUUAUGGCGCUGGAGUACUCCUCAACAGUGGGAAAACGGGACUGAUUUCUUCGGUUGGGAACUUGGCUGCUCCUGUGGAAGACUGGACUGUAGGUGGGACUGCUCUCACUGCCUUGAUGGAUGUCGAGAGGAGACACGGUAAGUUCAAGCCUGUGAUCAAGAAAGCAAUGGUGGAACUUGAAGGUGCACCUUUUAAGAAAUUUGCAUCGCUGCGUGAGGAAUGGGCAUUGAAGAACCGAUACAUCAGCCCAGGUCCGAUCCAAUUCACAGGACCAGGUUCAGAUGCUCUCAGCCACACGCUACUUCUCGAGCUCGGGGCUCAAUAGUCUUCUCUUGAUCAGCAACCAUUCCCUUGCUUUUCUGUUUUCCCUAGAAUUUCACAUUUGGUCUCUUUCUAUAUUUGUUACCUACGUACCCGUACCGUUUCGGUUGUGUUUAUUUCUCUCUUGCUUUUCUUCAAUAUAUAAGAUAAUUAUAAUAUGGAAGACAUAGUCUAAAUUUAAUACAAAGUUCUUAAAUC